AUGGAGAUAGGUGGAAGAGGAUUAAUCAUAUCUCUAGUUUGUUUCCUGUUCAAAUUCUCCACAGCCAUUGAAAUACCACUUUCAGUUCAGCAGGUUCCAACCAUCAUAAAACAGUCAAAAGUGCAAGUUGCCUUUCCCUUUGAUGAAUAUUUUCAGAUUGAGUGUGAAGCUAAAGGAAAUCCAGAACCAACAUUUAUGUGGACUAAGGACGACAAGACUUUUGAUCUCUCUGACUCUCGGAUAAUUGUGUCUAACAACUCAGGAACAUUUAAGAUCCCAAAUGAGGGGCACAUAUCUCAUUUUCAAGGGAAAUACCGCUGCUUUGCUUCUAAUAAACUGGGGGUUGCUAUGUCAGAAGAAAUAGAAUUUAUAGUACCAAAUGUUCCAAAAUUCCCAAAAGAAAAAAUUGACCCUCUUGAAGUGGAGGAGGGAGAUCCAAUCGUCCUCCCAUGCAACCCUCCCAAAGGCCUUCCACCUUUACACAUUUACUGGAUGAAUAUUGAGUUAGAACACAUUGAACAAGAUGAAAGAGUAUACAUGAGUCAAAAGGGAGAUCUGUACUUUGCAAAUGUGGAAGAAAAAGACAGUCGAAAUGAUUACUGUUGCUUUGCUGCAUUCCCAAGAUUGAGGACUAUUGUGCAGAAAAUGCCAAUGAAACUAACAGUUAACAGUUUAAGGCAUGCUAAUGACUCAAGUUCAUCCACAGAAAUUGGUUCCAAGGCAAAUUCGAUCAAGCAAAGAAAACCCAGAUUGCUGUUGCCUCCUACUGAAAGUGGCAGUGCGUCCUCAGUUACCAUCCUCAAAGGGGACACCCUGCUGCUUGAGUGUUUUGCUGAAGGCCUACCAACUCCACAGGUCGAUUGGAACAAAAUAGGUGGUGAUCUACCCAAAGGAAGAGAAACAAAAGAAAAUUAUGGCAAGACUUUGAAGAUAGAGAACGUUUCCUACCGGGACAGAGGGAAUUAUCGCUGCACAGCCAACAAUUUCUUAGGAUCAACCUCUCAUGAUUUUCAUGUUGUAGUAGAAGAGCCUCCUCGCUGGACAAAGAAACCUCAGAGUGGUGUAUAUAGCACUGGGAGCAGUGGUAUCUUGUUAUGUGAGGCAGAAGGAGAGCCUGAGCCCACACUUAAGUGGAGAGUCAAUGGCUCCCCGAUUGACAAAAAUCCAUUUGCUGGUGAUGUUGUCUCCCCCACGGAAAUCAGUUUUACCAACCUACAACCGAAUCAUACUGCUGUGUACCAGUGCGAAGCCUCAAAUGUCCAUGGAACUAUCCUUGCCAAUGCCAAUAUUGAUGUUGUAGAUGUUCGUCCACUGAUACAAACUGAAGAUGAAGAAAACUAUGCUACGGUGGUUGGGUACAGUGCUUUCUUACACUGCGAGUACUUUGCUUCACCCGAGGCCAUAGUGUCCUGGCAGAAGGUGGAUGAAGCAAAACCCCUUGAAGGUAGACGGUACCAUAUCCAUGAAAAUGGCACAUUGCAGAUCAACAAAACCACAGAAGACGAUGCUGGCUCAUACUCUUGUUGGGUGGAAAAUGCUAAAGGAAAAACUGCUGUGACAGCCAAUUUGGAUAUUAGAAAUGCUACAAAACUUCAAGUUUCUCCUAAGAAUCCUCGUGUCCCCAAAUUGCAUACACUUGAAUUACAUUGUGAGAGCAAAUGUGACCCAUAUUUAAAACAUAGUUUGAAGUUGUCCUGGAGUAAAAAUGGAGAAGGCUUUGAAAUUAAUGCCACAGAGGAUGGCAGGAUAACUAUCGAUGGACCUAAUUUGACCAUAUCUAAUGUCACCUCAGAGGACCAAGGUAUUUACUCUUGUUCAGCUCAAACUGCCCUGGACAGUGUUGCUGAUGUAACUCACGUAACCAUUCUCGAUGUUCCGGAUCCACCAGAAAACCUACACUUGUCUGAAAGACAGAACAGGAGUGUUCGGCUGACAUGGGACGCUGGAAAUGAUCACAAUAGCCGUAUUAGUGAAUACAUUGUUGAAUUUGAAGGAAACAAGGAAGAACCUGGAAGAUGGGAGGAACUGACUAGAGUCCAAGGAAAAGAAACAACAGUCAUAUUAUCUUUGGCUCCAUAUGUGAGAUAUCAGUUCAGGGUCAUAGCCGUGAAUGAAGUAGGGAGAAGCCAACCUAGCCAGCCAUCAGAUCAUCAUGAAACACCUCCAGCAGCUCCAGACAAGAAUCCACAAAACAUAAGGGUUCAAGCCUCUCAACCCAAGGAAAUGAUUAUAAAAUGGGAGCCUUUGAAAUCCAUGGAGCAGAAUGGACCAGGACUAGAGUACAGAGUGACAUGGAAGCCACAGGGAGCCCCCGUGGAAUGGGAAGAAGAGACGGUCACAAACCACACCUUGCGCGUGAUGACGCCUACUGUCUACGCUCCUUAUGAUGUCCAGGUCCAAGCCGUCAAUCACCUUGGCUCUGGCCCUGAGCCUCAGUCAGUGAUUCUGUAUUCUGGGGAAGACUAUCCUGAUACAGCUCCAGUGAUCCAUGGUGUGGAUGUUAUAAACAGCACCUUAGUUAAAGUUUCCUGGUCAACAAUUCCAAAGGACAGAGUCCAUGGACAUCUAAAAGGAUAUCAGAUAAAUUGGUGGAAAACAAAAAGUCUGUUGGAUGGAAGAACACAUCCCAAAGAAGUAAACAUUCUGAGGUUUUCAGGACAAAGAAACUAUGGAAUGGUUCCUUCUCUAGAUGCCUUUAGUGAAUUUCAUUUAACAGUCUUAGCCUAUAAUUCCAAAGGAGCUGGUCCAGAGAGUGAGCCUUAUAUAUUUCAGACACCAGAAGGAGUACCUGAACAACCAGCUUUUCUGAAGGUCAUCAAAGUUGAUAAAGACACUGCUACUUUAACCUGGGGACUACCUAAGAAACUGAAUGGAAACUUAACUGGCUAUCUAUUACAGUAUCAGAUAAUAAAUGACACCUAUGAACUUGGAGAACUAAAUGAUAUCAACAUUACCACCCCAUCAAAGCCCAGCUGGCGUCUCUCAAACCUCAAUUCGACUACCAAGUACAAAUUCUACUUGAGGGCUUGCACUUCAAAGGGCUGUGGAAAACCAAUCACAGAGGAAGGCUCCACAUUAGGAGAAGGGAGUAAAAGUAUCGGGAAGAUAUCAGAAGGAGUAAAUCUUACUCAAAAGACUCACCUGGUAGAGGUAUUUGAGCCUGGAGCUGAACAUAUAGUUCGCCUCUUGACUAAGAAUUGGGUUGAUAACAAUAGCAUUUUUGAAGAUGUAAUUGAGACCAGAGGGAGAGAAUAUGCUGGUUUAUAUGAUGACAUCUCCACUCAAGGCUGGUUUAUUGGAUUGAUGUGUGCGAUUGCUCUUCUCACACUAAUCCUGUUAACUGUUUGCUUUGUGAAGAGGAACAGAGGUGGAAAGUAUUCAGUGAAAGAAAAGGAAGAUCUGCAUCCAGAUCCAGAAGUUCAGUCAGUAAAAGAUGAAACUUUUGGUGAAUACAGCGACAGUGAUGAAAAACCUCUCAAAGGAAGCCUUCGAUCGCUUAACAGGGAUAUGCAGGCCACAGAAAGUGCUGACAGCUUAGUCCAGUAUGGAGAAGGAGAUCACGGUCUGUUCAGUGAAGACGGAUCCUUCAUUGGCGCUUAUGCUGGUUCUAAGGAGAAAGGAUCUGUUGAAAGCAAUGGCAGUUCCACAGCGACAUUUCCACUCCGGGCGUAA